AAUGAAUGCACGUGUCUUUAAUCCGAUCAGUACGUGUGGGGCGAACUGCGACUGUCUGAGCCCUCUUCAAGAGCUAAUUUACUGGCUCCCUAAAGUCUGUUUCUCGAAGAUGGUCUUUGGAGAAGCGAUGCUUAGACCGCCAACGCAACGUGCCAGCUAAGAAAACAUACUAAAAAAACAAAAAAAAAAAUCCAGGAAUAUCCUCCUGAAAAAAAACAAUUCGAUAUUUACAUCCAAUGUUGCAGGAAUUUAUCUCUUUUCAAAUUGAUCUAGUCUCGUGCUACGAUAUUCCAAACAAAAGAACUGGAGAAGAAUAGAGUAGUAAGAUGCAAAACUGCCACGCUGUAUUUCCUGAUAAUGGUCUAAUUUUAGACCGUAGACCUUUAAAGAGCCGAUUAACAGAUAAUAAAUUCGUUUAAAAGAAACGCUGUGGAACGACUAUGACCACAGAUAACUCGAUCUUCUAAUGUCUAUGGUAAUUCAAUAGCAGUUGCGCCAUCCACCUAACAAGCAACGAAUACAUUCGAGCCAAGAAACGAAUGGCGGGUUGAAUUCUUUUUCGUGAAUCCAAAUCUAGUCUGUCGCUGGCAGAAAUUCCCCGAUCGAUCCACUGAUUCCUGUAAACAUGCCAACUUCUAAAAUUAUCGUACUUACGACAACAAUCGAUCUUUUCAAUGGACAAUGAAAUGCGAUGAAGUCAGAAACGAAUUUAUACGUUAGAUGUUCGCCCCAUCCACGUUUACGAGAAUCGAGGACGUCGAGUUGAACAAAUGAAUCGAUAGUUAUUUCACGUGUUCCUAAUCACUCUGAAAUCAGAGGCGAAGUUCAGAACUGUCCUAGUUUUUACGCGGAAAUGCCUGCAAUUAGAAAAGGCGACAGAUUGCCCAGCGUGAUCUUGUACGAAGCUCUACCGGAAAAUCGAAGAAAUAUUCUGGAUCUGGUUGCUAAUAAGAAAGCCAUCAUCUUUGGAGUCCCUGGGGCUUUCGUUCCAGGAUGUUCUAGGGUCCAUCUCAGAGGAUUUAUCGAAAAAUCGACAAACCUGAAAUUCUUUGGCUUUGAAGAGAUAAUCUGCGUGUCUGUGAAUGAUCCAUUCGUGAUGUCUGCUUGGGGAAAUGCCAAAGGAGCAAAUGAUAAGGUGAGGAUGCUGGCAGAUCCCACGGCAUCAUAUACCAAAGCCAUAGGAAUGGACGUGGAUAUCCCGGAAUUGGGAGGCACCAGGAGUAGAAGAUACUCCAUGGCCACCGUGAAUGGCAUUGUAAAAGAAUUAUUCAUAGACGCACCCGAUGUGAAACUUAUGUGCUUACAAACAGAUGGUGUUCCUACAUAUUGUACUUAGCAUAGGUGUAGCAGCAUAAGAAUAAAAGUAGUAUUUGCAGUUACUCGCAUAUUAUACAAGAAUGUGGAUCAUUUAUCGCAGCAUAGAAAUACGUAAACAUUUUCUUCCUAACGCUAACAUUUAAUUGUACAAUAGAGUUUUAAUAAAAAAAGAGGUUGACCUCUUUGUUUCAUAACCAGUUAGCUGUGUUUGACAAGUAUACUCGUCAUCGCUUACUCUUUGCGACACAUUUUAAGUACACACUUUUGAAAGAGGUCGCAACAGCUAACUGGUUAUAUUCGAUGCGAUCUUCUUCUUCAUAUUCUUUAAUAAUAUCUGCUAUGAUUAAUGCUAAUAAUGGUACAAUUUCACGAAAACUUUUAUCCUUUUUUCUGUGAUAUGUUGAAUCUCAUGGUGUACCACAUAUAAACAUAUCGGCGUCAAUUACCCCUGGUAUUAAUUAUACAAAAUAAAUCUAUUCUGCAAGUUCGAAAUUUCCAAGAAUUGCUGGAACGCAGAAUGUAAAUUCUAAUAUUAGCGAGGAUCUGGAAAUCAGACGAUUUUUUGCUAAAAAAUCUAUUGUACAAUUACAUGCUAUUGUUAGGAAGAAAUUAUUUAUGUAUUCUUUACCUAUAAUAAAUAAUCAAUAUCUUAGUACAAUGAGCAAUACAGUAUUACCACUUCUUUUUGUACGAAGCAUACAAAUACAGAGAUACUGCUGUGUCCGAGUAUGAGUAAACUGACAAAGUUCAAUUUCCAAAAUCAUCGGACUUAAAGAUUGAAAAAUUCCAAUUGUUAGAUUUACAAAGCUCGAAGUCCAGAAAUUUUCUGUUUAUUAGUAACCCUAUUCCCAAUAAUUUUCUUUGCAAAAUUUCCUUGAACUUCUUGUCUUAAAUUCAUCGAAUAUACGUAAUAUCUUAGAACGACGUUACACAGGUAUAUAAUCAAGGUCACAGAUAACCCAAAAUAAGCUGUAAACAAGUAUCGCUUAGCGCACACAGUACGCAGCGCUCGGCAUUCCAAUGGAGUCCGGCAAUUGAUGACUUCCCGCGUGUAUACUUUUGCACGUUGUCACAAGUGCAACGUGAUUCCAUCGUAAACACGCUUCGUCAAUUUUCAUCCGACAGCGUUGCGAAUCAGAA